AAUACAAAAACUUCCGGUGAACUUCCUGGUUUUGUUUGCAUAGUGGCUAACUUUGCUAGCUAUGUCAUUUCCAACUAUUUAAAACGCUUUUGGAUGUCCGUGAGUCAAACUGUGUUGGAAACGUUAAAACGCACUCUCUCGUCGACAAGACCUGCAAUGGCUUGCUCUUAGUCAUGCAAGUAACGUUAGUUGAAAUGUAGUAACUGUUAGCUAACGGCUAACUUGACAGCUAAUAUAGCUAGGAUAGGAAUAGGAUGUGCUGUUAGGAAGUUAGCCAGCCAACACUGAUUAUGUUUCUGCUUAUUCGUCUGUUAUGCUUCUACUUGUUUUAAAUAACUUCUGCGCUAUGGACACCGAGGGAAUAGAGAUCCGUAUAAAGACUCCCGUCGGGGAUAUGGACUCAUCCGUGGACUGCCCAUCACUUUUGAGCUUCAGUGACUUGUUGGUCGCUAUAAGGGAUGUCAUGCCCGAAACCACAAUCACUGCGUUUGAAUAUGAGGAUGAGGUGGGCGAUAGAAUCACUGUGAGGAGUGAUGAAGAACUCAAAGCCAUGCUGUCAUAUUACUGCAAUAAUGUGAAGGAGCAGCGGAUGAAUGGCCUACUGCCUGAGCCUCUCCAGAUAUUUCCUCGAGCCGGCAAGACUCCAGGGAUCCGGAACAUACAUGGCCUGAAGGUGAACACAAGGCCCAAUGACUGUUCCCCCGCCGCCGUCGGCUCUAUGCCCAACAAUAGUUCCAGUCUAAAGAAGUCAUCCGCAGAGCUAAAGAAGAUUUUGACGAAUGGACAGAUCAAUGGCCAAGACAUACAAUACCAGGAGCAGCUUGGCCAUGGAAACGGAGGGACCGUGUACAAAGCGUUCCAUCUUCUCGGGAACAGAGUGUUGGCGGUGAAGGUCAUUCCUCUGGACAUCACAGUGGAGCUACAGAAACAGAUCAUGUCCGAGUUGGAGAUCCUCUACAAGUGUGAUUCCUCCUACAUCAUAACCUUCUACAGUGCCUUCUUUGUGGAGAACAGGAUCUCCAUAUGCACAGAGUACAUGGACGGUGGCUCUCUGGACGUAUACAGGAGGAUUCCAGAACAUGUGUUGGGUAGGAUCUCUGUGGCGGUAGUGAAAGGCCUAACCUAUCUAUGGAGCCUGAAGAUUCUUCACAGAGACGUCAAGCCUUCCAACAUGCUGGUCAACACUAGAGGUCAAGUGAAGCUCUGUGACUUUGGAGUCAGCACGCAGUUGGUGAAUUCCAUCGCCAAGACGUAUGUGGGAACUAACGCCUACAUGGCACCAGAGAGGAUAUCUGGGGAGCAGUAUGGCAUCCAUUCAGACGUCUGGAGCGUGGGCAUCUCCUUCAUGGAGUUGGCACUGGGCGCUUUUCCCUAUCCACAGAUUCAGAAAAACCAAGGAUCUUUAAUGCCUCUCCAGUUACUGCAAUGCAUCGUUGAUGAGGACCCUCCUGUUCUUCCUGUGGGUCAGUUCAGCCAGAACUUUGUCCACUUCAUCACACAGUGCAUGAAGAGACUCCCUAAAGAGAGACCUGCUCCCAACAACCUGAUGGACCAUGCCUUCAUCCUGCUCUACGAUGAUGGAAAUGCAGAGGUAGUGUCCAUGUGGGUGUGUCGCUGCCUAGAGAAGAGGAGAGCCCAGGCUCAGGGACAGAUGUGACCCCGUAAACACAGGAGACCACAGAGAAGUUAGGGGUCAAGGGUAUUAUGUAGGGCCAGGAUGAUACCGGUAUCUCUAUACUCGUUAAUAUCGUGGCAAAGAAACAAAACACAAAGCGCUUUUUAACUUCGUUAGGACACAGCCCUAAUGUUGAAAACAAACAUCAUUAUAUUUUCAUCCAGAGUCACAUGUAUUUAUUUUCUAUCUGUAGCUCACAAUAUUUUACAUACAGCAGGUGUUUAAAGGACUAACGAGUUUGGUCUGCUUUGUGUUUUCAUUUUUGCCAUAGAAACAAUAUUGCGAUACUUGUAUCGUCCCGGGCCCUAAUAUCAUGCCCCAAUCUCUCUGGACUUUGACCAUUCGUGAACCCCAGGAGUGGACAGUAUAUAUCAAAGACACGGCUUCUAAAACGUAUUGAAGACGUCCAUGGUGUAAAGAGGGCGUCUGUACGUCCAACUUCAGUAAGCCAAGAGGAUACUGUAUCUUUACAACUGAACGUUAGUUGCAAGUGGAACUUUGUUAUCUGGGCCCUUAGCACGUUGACUGAUGUCUUGAUGGUGUAUCCUGGUGACUCUUACACUCCAAACCUGGCUCUGUGUUGACGCUGCUUUAUCAAUGAAUUUACAAUUGAGUGGGACUUAUUCCGUGACUGUUUGCCUACUUAGUUAUUUCUAACUCAGAGAGACUUUAGACAGAAUGUCAGAGUAAGUGAUCAACGAUGAGAUGGGACUUGAAAACCCAAAUGGCUUUACAAUAACAAAGAAGUGCUAUUUUCCAGGAUGACGCUCGGAUAACCUGUUACGCUUUAUUGUUGGCAGCUUUCUAGUGAAUGUCGAGGUGUGUAUGGCAGUAACCCAUGUGUGUGCCUAAUGUUUUUACAAUGACGUUUCUUUGACAUUACUUUACCUCAUCGAGAUACACUAUAUAUACGAAAGUAUGUGGACACCACUUCAAAUUAGUGGAAUUGGCUAUUUCAGCCACACCCGUUGCAGACAGGUGUAGAAAAUCGAGCACAUAGCCAUGCAAUCUCCAUAGACAAACAAUGAAAAUCUUAACGCUACAGAAUAAAAUGACAUUCUAGACGAUUCUGUACUUCCAACUUUGUGGCAACAGUUUGGGGAAGGCCCUUUCCUGUUUCAACAUGACAAUGUCCCGUGCACAAAGCGAGGUCCAUACAGAAAUGGUUUGUCGAGAUCGUGUGGAAGAACUUGACUAGCCUGCACAAAGCCCUGACCUCAACCUCAUCGAACACCUUUGGGAUAAAUUGGAACGCCGACUGCGAGCCAGGCCUAAAUCGCCCAAUAGUCCCCACAGCAAUGUUCCAACAUCGAGUGGAAAGCCUUCGCAGAAGAGUGGAGGCUGUUGUUAUACCAGCACAAGGGGACCAACUCCAUAUUAAUGGCCAUGAUUUUGGAAUGAGAUGUUCGACAAGCAGGUGUCCACAUACUUUUGGUCGUGUAGUGUACAAUGGCCUCAGUAGUAGUAGUGAUACAGGGCGACCAUUUUGCUCACAUAUGUGUCUAAAUAUUUUGCUGUGUGAAAAUCAUCUAGAUAAUUGUUGCAAUGAUUGCUUCACUGUACCGCAGCCCCUAAGUGCCAUGGAGAAUACACUGAGCGCAGAUUCAUGACAGUCAUGCUUGCACCAUUACUACAAAGAAAAUGGCUUGUUACUUCAAAUAUUUUUUAUUGUGCUCUUAAAUUCCCUUGUGUGCUGCAAAAUGUUUCAACUUUGGUGCACAUGUGCUCCUUGUAAAACGUAAAGGUCAGCGUAGAGCCCUGUAGUAGUAGUAAUAAUAGUACUGGUAAUAAUAGUAGUAGUAGCAGUAACAGUAGUAGUAGCAGUAGCAGUAGUAGUAGUAGAAGCACUGCUUGGGGAUCCUAAACUUUAUCAGGCCGCAUUGUGGGGACUCUUCAACCACUCAGUGCCAUGGAGUUCUAUUCUUCCAAACCUGUUAAUGAUGCAACACAAACAAACUUCACAACAACCAAACAGCUUUGAGAAAAGUCUUAAAGUACUUUCCAUUUUGUAUUUAUGUUAAUUUGGAGACGAGCAUCGGAUUUUUGUUGAUGAUUCCAUUAACCCACCACCUGUAUAACCAUACUUAUAUUAUCCCUCAAACAUACUCCUUAACGUGGAACUGACAGCAUUUUAACUACUUUGCAGAUAUGAAACAAACAAUCAUAUCAGUAAAAAAUAUACAAUUCCCAGUUUAUGCUACAAAACCAACUUGUCAGAGGUUUUAAAAAUAGGUUAUAUUUGACAAGAAAAUCCAUGACGUACAGUAAGGCAUUGUUUUCAGAAUAAAUGGAAAUAGUUCAAUGCGUGAUUAAUAUAGUCGCCAUCAGGUUGUAAAUCACAGCUGGUCUGGUACACUGUUUGCUGUCUCCACCCAAUUCGGGAUGCUUGGUUUGUUUCAAUGACUCAAUAUUUUGGACAAAAACAGCUGGGAAUGUCAAUAUAUUCAAACUAGCAAGGGCAGUGAUCACAAGUCAGUCAUGAUGUGGCAUACCUAUUUAUUUAGCAAGGUAAAAACACCGAGCCAGACGUUAGCUAGCUAGCUUCUGGGAUGUAUUGGGUGGAUGUCAAGUCAUUGGGUGAGUGAGUGACCGACUUUUUCCCCUCCGUUUUUUGGUGGCUACAGCUAGAUGCAGGUCUCAUUUGGUUAGCUAGCAAGAAAUGUGAAUCGCUUUGCUAGCUAGCCAUGUUGAGCUAGCUAUGCUGACUAUUAUCCAGUUAGCAUAUAUCUUGCAUUCGUAAAAUCAUUCUGGCUAUCUACUCCGAUUUCAGAGCACUCUCGUCUGAGUGUGCCAGGGCGCAGAACAACUGAUGAAUUUACGAACGUGUAACACCAGCUGAAUAUGACCGUGUCAGUAAACGUAAGCAAAAAACGUAAUUCAAUUGUUGCCAGCAGCACAGUUAGUCACUAACUCUCUAGAUAACAUGAAAACAGCCUAACCAGCUUUGCUAGGGUGCGUAAAAUGGUCAGCGUGAGAUGUUCUCUCAUUUGUGUCGAAGUAGAGAUAGCUUGGGUGCUUGACUGCGGUAGAGGAACGCUGGGAUCAACCCUCCUCCUCGGCCGGAGCACUUACGCUCGAAUUUACAGACAAUCUGACAACGCUCCAAAUGCAUGAAUGCCGAGUGCACUAACACACGGGAAGCAAUUUACAAACGCACCCUUAGUUGUCAAUCAAAUGUAUUUGGCAUCGAUCAAAUGGAAAGGCAGGCAAAUUCCCAUUCAGUUGUCAAAACCUGGGUUGGGACAAGGAUGCAGGCAGGCUGCAGAACAGUGUGCAGGCUACUAUUCCCUUUUGUUUAUCAGUGCAAUUAUGACUGCCAACUAGCUGAAAUCAUUUGAGAGGGUUUAUCUAAUGUUCCCUCAUUAGAUUUUAGCUCAUCUCGCUCUGGCUAGCAUUAGUUGUUGAUCUUGUUGAUGUGUAUAACUGAGGAAGAGAGACUACCUUUUCAUGGUUGUUUGAUCAAUGACUGUAAAGUUACCAAAUGUAAGAAGGCUCCUGUGGUAUUUACAUACAUUUAUUUGCAGAAAUAAAUGCAGGUGUAUUUUGUGGCUUUUGGCGAAUGCGUUCUAAUGAGCUAAAGUCGCGCUGUUGCUACUGCCUGUAAACACACACACACAGUCCAGUUCAAAGUAAAGGAUGGCAGGGCCCUGUGACAAAUUGCUUAUUUGCAUAAAGGCCUACUGUAGCUCUGAUUGGCGCACCAGUCUGUGUAGACGCCGGUCUUGGACGAGACAGAUGUUUUUAAUAGGUUUUAUUUACUGCAGUGUCUACUCAUUGUCCAAACACACAGACACUUUCCCAUUCUAUAUUGCUAUAGAAUUGUCACAAAUGCCUUACUCUACGUCAUUCUAUACAAAUGUGAAAAUUACCAUAUCUAAGUGCUCGCUUGCCAGAAAAUGUAAAAAAAUAUAUAA